AUGCAUUGCACACCGGAAUAGUCUGCAGCGGGGAUUGCGCUGUCUAAUCUUCAGCCCAGCUCUGAUCGUCCUUCUUAUUGAUUGCACCUGCCUGAUAACUGGGGCACAACUCAAGAUAAGGACUCAGGAGUCACCCGCAAAGAUGUGCUUCUUGAAGCAGAGGCACUAACGAGCUCUGAGGAGGGUGCGUGCUGAGAGAGGCACCAGCAGGGAGGAAGAAGAGCAAAGGCUCCAAAACCCAGAGAAAGAGCUCUCAGGAUGCCGGAGCCAGCGAAGUCCACCUCUGCCCCCAAAAAGGGCUCCAAGAAAGCCGUGACGAAGACCCAGAAGAAGGGCGAUAAGAAGCGACACAAGAGCAGGAAAGAAAGCUACUCCAUCUACGUCUACAAAGUGCUGAAGCAGGUCCACCCCGAUACUGGCAUCUCCUCCAAGGCCAUGGGCAUCAUGAACUCCUUCGUCAAUGACAUCUUUGAGCGCAUCGCUGGAGAAGCCUCCCGCCUGGCCCAUUACAACAAGCGCUCCACCAUCACCUCCCGGGAGAUUCAGACGGCUGUGCGCCUGCUGCUCCCGGGAGAGCUGGCCAAGCACGCCGUCUCAGAGGGCACCAAGGCUGUCACCAAGUACACGAGCUCCAAGUAGCCAGAUGCCACCUCUCCAAUGGGACCAUCAAGCACCAGACCCUCCGCGCAAGCACAGAUAGGCAGCCACGGUCCGGAUAAACGUCACAGCUAUUAUCCACAGCAAUUUACAGCCUUGGGAUGGGCAUGAGAAGCUGUCUGGUGGAAGAGGAGACGGUGAUCUGGAUGUCGGCUGAUUUUCAUAGUCUGUUCGGGAUGUGCGACGGGUUCUGCGGGGCUGGUGGAGGAGGCCUCUGCUUUCACAUCUCAUCCGAAGGACUGACCGUCUGCAGUAUAUCCAAACUCUCCCCUGUGCUUGGCAAACAUGCAUGUUUGGCGCUGGCAGGAGAGACUGGCAGCGGUAACACAGAGACGCCGUCUCUGAAGUCUUCCUGUUUGGCUGCUUUCUCACAGUCAUCCGAGACGGGCACCGAGGAGUCAGCGCUGGUAUCCUCUCCCUCGUAGCCCAGAUCCAUCCUGGUGUACAAUGGCACAGCCCACCCCAUGCCGGCAGAAGUGGCAUCGACAGCUGCCGGGCACAGGCUGUAGAAUAAAGUGUAUUGAUUCAACAGCUAUCUGUGUUUAACAGCCUGUUUUAAAGAGCAAGCCUGGCAGGCAGUCAGAUGCCCAGAAUGAUACCAAGCACUGUUCCUCCUUGUCGCUCCUGGUGGAUGAGCCAUCAAACAGGCUGAGGGUGCCAGCGCUGGAGCUGCCUGCUGCCUCCCACCUUGUGCUGAGGUGGAUGGAUGGACAAGGGGGGAUGGUGGGGCUGGUUCGCUGCCUUCCCUGGCUGCUGCUUUGCCUGCUUUAGGACUUGCUUUGAUAUGCAAGACGUUGCUAAUUCUGCUGCUUUUCAGAGACUUUCCUCCCUCGACGCUGCCUGGGUGCUCCUUUCCACUGUAAGCGUGGGCGAGACAGGGUGGUGCCCAAGGGUGUCCCCUCUCCUGCGAGCGCUGGGGUGGCGCGGGACAAACAGCACAGGGGUGUCGGGAGGGGACUGAGGAUUUGGGAAGGCAUCCGGAGCGGGAGCAGGGGUGGCUAGCACAGUCCGGAGGAGAGGCAGGCUCCCCACAGAGAUCGCUGCGGGCAGCUCACCUGGCCCUGCCUUCCCUGCUUUAUUCACUGGUUAGAAAGCAAAAUAAAAAACUGGGGCUGGGUGGAUGUAUAGGGACACUUGCCUGCAUCCCAGUGAUAUUUUAAAGAUUAAAUCAUUUUAAACUACUUGAGAUACUCCCCGUGUCUUCUCAAAGUGCACAGUAAGGUGAGCAAUAAUAAAAUCCUGAAUAAAGCCAUAGAGAUUAGUGGAGGGACAUCUCAGUUGCAGGUUUAUCUUGCCCAAACUGCUGGAUAGCAGAAGAGGAGCAUGUGUAGAAUUGGUGUGAAGUUGAAGCUUCCUACUCAAAACACAAAAUUAGCCAACAUUUUAAAAAAAUACCAAAAUCUCUGGUAGGCAGUAGCACUCAGAUAAAAAAUAUUCAUGUCUUUAAAAUAACAACUGCUUUCUGCAGUGUAUUCUGUAAAUAAAAAGGGCAGCAAAGACACAGGAUCCAGAACUAAGUGCAGGUUCUCUCCAAACUCCAAGACCUUGUUUUUAAUGAAAAGGUAAAUUCAUACUCCAAAAUAACAACCUUGCAGUACAUCUCUCACUUUCCCCUACAUUUAUCUCUAUCCUGUUUCUUUACACUUUGAGAGUGAUGGGGACCCUUGACAAAUUUAUGUUGCUUUUGGAGCUGUAGGACUCUGCAGCUCCAGAAGAUUCAUUUAUUUCUUGUUUUUAUAAGUGUUGCAGUCAUUUUCCAGUUGGUCUGAGGAAAGGACCGCAUAGACCUGCUCAACCAAGAGCACCUCAGAAACCCGAGAGCAGCAUGGAGUCCCACGUGGUCUCUGUGCAAGAGCGAAGGUCAAGUUAUUUAUGGGCUGCUCCCAUCCCCCUCCUGCAGCUUAGAGUUUGAACACCCCACACCCAAAAAGGGGCUUUCCUCCCAUACUUUGCUCAGUGAUAGCACACUCCAGCCACGUUUCAUACCGUAA